CUCAGUUCGCGGCGGAUCCGAAGGGAGCGGAAGGUUCCGGGCAGUUUAGAGCUGAAGCGUCUCGCGGAGAGGGAUGGAUGCAGCAGAAACCCAUGUGGAGGCUGCCGCCCUAGACCUUUACAGUCGGACCUCCGGAUGGAAUAAUCCUGACCCCGGCGCCCGGUCUCAGGUGUCUGCGGUGACUCGCCUCUCACCGGGGUCGUUUAUGCAAGAGACGUCCCCUCGCUCCCCAAGAACUACUGCCAAGGGGGCCCUGGCCAACCUGGCAGAUGUCCUAGCAUCUGUAGGUCUACAGGAGGAGGCCGAAUUGCCAGCUCCGAUCCUGGCUGAGUUUGUGGUGGACUCCCGAAAGAAAGACAAGCUGCUCUGCAGCCAGCUUCAGGUAGUGGACUUCCUGCAGAACUUCUUGGCUCAGGAAGACACUGCCCAGAGCGUGGACCCCUUGGCUUCAGAGGACACGAGCCGACAGAAGGCAGUUGCAGCCAAAGAACACUGGAAAGAGCUGAAGGCCACCUACCAAGAGUAUGUGGAGGCAAUCAUAGGUGCCCUGACCCAGGCCCUGCCCAAAAUGGAAGAGGUCAAAAGGAAGCAGGCACAGCUCCAGGAGGCCCUUGAACAGCUCCAGGCCAAGAAGCAAGUGGCCUUGGAGAAACGCAGAGCAGCCCAGAAGCAGUGGCAGCUGCAGCAGGAGAAGCGUCUGCAGCAUCUGGCAGAAGUUUCUGCAGUGGUAAGGGGGCGUCAGACAGGAGCUCAGCAGAAGCUUGAGCAGCUAUAUCAGGAACUUGGAACCCUGAAGCAGCAGGCAGAGCAGGAACAAGAUAAGCUUCACAGGCACCAGACCUUCCUCCAGCUGCUUCACAUCCUGCAGGGUAAGCUGCUAUUCCCUGAAGCAAUGGCAGAACUACCUCAAGAGCUGGAUCUUCCUGAGAAUAAGCCCCAGCAACUGACCCAGCUCCAGGAGCAGAACAUUGGGAACAUCACUAGCAGAGAUGGGGGUGUGUCCUCCAAGGAGGUGUGGCCAGUGGAGGGCACUGCUGUGUGUGUGAAAAAGAGAUUGCAUCCCUGACUGGGAGUGUGGGAACUGCUAAGAGAGAGAGAGAGAUCAGUGACUACUGUCAGAGUGGAAAACCCAUUCUUCAUAUGAGAAAGGACCAUAAUGUAUGAGAAAGACUGAAACAUCUCUGAGAGAAGAGACACUGGGCCCUUUGGUUUUGGUGAGAAAGAGUUUCAAGAGACACGGGUCCCUAUUCUGAUACUGGGAUGCCUCCUCUCAGGUGGAGAUUAAGAUCCCUUGUACUGUGAUGGCUUGCUCUGCUUUCCUGAGGUGCCUUUAGUUUUCUCUCAAAUUGUUCUUUUAAAUACAUAGGCUCCAUUUUUUAGGACUGAAAUAGGACAGGUAUCAGAGUUCUUUGAGGACUUGAAUCAUGACUGAAUGAGCUUGUUGAGGCUUGAGGAUACUCCCCUAGGGCGCACACAAAUACCAGAGCCCUCCUCAGUCUACCCAUCCUACUGCCUCCCACGGGGGCCCUGCUACCGCCUUUCAGCAACCCAGAUAACCCAGGCCAUCCUAGUGGGCUCCCCUUUACCCUAUGGUCUUGUUUCUUCUUUUAGUCUUGUAUACUUCAGAAUUUUCAUAGCACAGAGGAGAGGCCAAGAAUAUAUCUGCCCUUCAAAAGGAGUGUCUAAGGGACAGUGGGGUAUGGAUUGGGAUUGUGUGGAGUUUCUCUGUCUACACAUAGGGCAGCUGACAGAAAGUCAGCAGGGAAGGGAAGAUACUCCUAUGGAGCCCUUUAGCGUGGGGAUGAAGAAUAACAUCCUGAGAUACUCCAAAGCAGGGGCUGGGGUAGGACAUUGAGCACAUGUAUAAUAGUCAAACUUAGAGGUCUGCAAAAAUGCUGGGAAGCAUACUUCUCUCAGAAGGUAUGAAACAAGUUGGUUCAUUUGGAGGCCAGAGAAGAGGGGAGCCUUGAGUAUCUGCAAUGUUCAAAUUCCCUGAUUCCUCCAGAAUGGCUGGAGUUGCCCAGAAACCUCUUGAUUGGCAAGCUCAGGAAUUGGCAUUUAUUUUCAAAUAGAAGCUGAUUUCAGCUUCCUGUUGUUCUCAGCCCUUUCUUAGGUUCUCCUAAAGACUAUCCAUGUUCACUGAUGACUUUUUCAAGGUAGAUAUGUGCAAGGAGUGACCUUGCCCUGGGAAAUUGUGAUCUCUUACACAAAGAGAGAGAGAGAGACUUAUAGGAAUUGACAGUGAUUGCUGAAAAGGCCCAGAUGCCUGCCAAAGAUUUCCUCUUCCUCUUUUCCAUCCAACCUAGGGACACAACAACCAGUGAAAAGUAGAGAGGAACUGGAGACUAGCCAGUGAAUCAGCAAAAUCAAGACAAUGUUACUCCACCUCAACCAGAAAUGUUCUUGAUAAAGUGAUGCCUAAGUUUACUCCAUUAAACAAAUGGAAAACUUUUUUCCUGUUCUCUGUAAGCAUAAUGUUUUCCUUUUUAAAUAUUUUCUUUUAUGAUAAAACAUUUUGCUUUUUUCUAGUUUUAAUUUCAUAUUUUCUAAGUAUUGUCAUUAUUUGGGAAUUUUCCAUUUUUAAUUUUUUAAGUUUAUUGGUAUGAAGUUGUGUUAAUCAUUUUUAUCUUUUUUAAUAUCUAUGGCCUGUUUUAGGAUUGCCUAAUAUUCCUGAUUUUUGUGCCUUACCUAAUUUAAUUGAUUCAUCAUUUCAGAUGUUCAUUCAUUUUCAAAUAUUCAAGGAUUCAAAGAUUAGCUUUUGUGUUCUACUAUCAUAUGUUUAUUCUGGUUCAUGGAUUUGUAGUCAUAUCUUGAUCAUUUCUACCUUCUGUUUUUAGUUGGAGAAGAUGCACUUUUUUGUGUGAAUUCUUUAUCAGAUGACAAACUUGUGUAUUUGGAUCUUCAUUUGAUAUCUCAAAUAAACAUUUGACAAUAUAAAUUUUUCUGGCUUUCCCUAAAUAUUUUCACAGCCAUUCAAUUCAUAGAAUUUCCAUUUCCCAUUAUAAUUAUUUGAUUCAUUUUGAUACUAAUUUCUUAGGGAAAAAAAUUUUGUGGGAGCAUAAUCUUUCUAAGUUUAUUCUUAUUUGUUCAGGUAAUGUUGAUAUAAUAAAAACUGAAAUUUGGUGAGUGAAGUACUUAUAGUCUUGAAUGUGGUCUAUAAUGUUUUAUAUGAAUUUUAAAAAUAUCUGCUUUAUAAUUGUCAUGUGUACUGUUUUCUGUUUGUUAUAUUAUGCUUAUUUUUUCAGCUUAUAUCUUUUAUAUACUUUUAUAUCUUUUACUAUACACAUUUAUAUCUUUUACAUAUGUUGCAUAUCUUUUUACUUCAUAUGUUUGUAUCUUGUAUAUACUUAAUCUUCCACUUUGGUACUCUGUAGUUUGACUACUUUAUGAAGAAUAUGGGAUUGUGGUUUAUUCAUUUGUUCAUUCAUUCUGCUUGCAGUUAAACUAUGUGCAAUUGCCAGUCUUUCAAUAAUUGUGAAGUAUUUUCAGCUUUAUCUCUAAAAAGUACUCUUACCUCUUCUUUAUUAGCUUCUUCUGAGACAAUAAUUGUAUUUUCUAACUGUGUUUUUUUCACACUAUAUAAACUUUCUUUUAUAUUUAUCAUUAUUUUUUCUCUUCAGAAUGUAUUUAGAUGCUUUCUUUAAAUCUAUUUUUGUUAAACUGUAUGUUAUCAGUCUGUUAUUUCACCAUUAGCUUAAUUUUUUAUUUUCAUUUCAAGCGGUUGUAUUCAACCCCAGUCUACUUUAUUUGGAUUUUGUUGUUACUCUGACUCACGUUUUGACCUUUUAUUACUUUGAACAUACCAUAUAUAGGCCUUUUGUCAUCUGUAUUCGCAAGGUUCAUAAUUUACAUCUUUGUGGACCUUUAUCUUUUGCCUGUAUUGGAUAUACCUCGUCUUUGUGUGGUUGUGUACUUUUACUAUAAGCUGUCCAUAUUUCCCGAACUUUAUCUUUAAGAAUAUUAUACGUCCCAUUAUAAAGUUGGGAUGACUUGUGUUUAUAACAGUUGAAUGUUAUACUCCCCCACCCCCCCAAAAAAAAUCACUAAAGUUGUUCAAUGACACUAGUAUUUCUGGAUGAUGACAGUUAACAAAUCAAAAUGUACACACCAACUAGAAACUGGUGAUGAACCACCUUUUCCUACAGCUCAGUGCUUUUUGGUGUAUUAGUCACUGAAGGCUCAAGACUGAGAACACUGGGAAGCAUGUUCAGCAAUGCAAAGU